GUUGGCGUAUCUCUAUAGUUAUAUUUAGCCUGAUCUCCUGGAAAACAGUGGCUUUAGGGUAGAUCCUCAGGUGUGCCCAUGCCCCAGAAAGACAUAGCUAAAGGAAAAAAAAGGAGCAGCUUGCUCUGCAGAGCCUUUCCAAAUGGCUUUUUCAAGAAUCAGAUCCCCAGGGAGGCACAACUUGCACCUCCUGGAGCAAGAUGGAUGUUUGAACAAGGCUUGCACAAGAGGAAAACACCCAUUUCUGAAGGUUUCCAGCUCUUCCCCAUGAACUACGGCUUCAGUUUUUAUCCCCAGGCAAAGAAAAGGAGAGCUGAGCAAUUUUUUAAAAAAAGACAGCUUUACUGGGGCAACAUGCUACCCCAGGGGAUGGUGGUAACUUCCCUCUGCUGGAGUCCGACCUGUAAUAAUCAGGGGAAGCAGCCACCGACAUCUUUAUACCAUUUUUCUGGCUGCUCAGAGCCCGUUGAUGCUGGACAGCAGCACAGGCAGCACUGAACAGAGGUCUGUUUGCAUCCCGUGAUGCCUCUCUGCUCCCAAAGUCAAUCAGCAUCACCCAAAAUACAUUUUAAGCUGGGAGCUACAGAGCGUUUGGCAGUAGGCGUCAAUACGAUGGUUGCAAGAGCUGCUUUAUCUCAAGUCAGUCUGGGCUCCUGCACCCACCAGUGCCCGUGACUUUACUCUGUGGCCCCAUCCUCCAGUUCCUGGGCGUUUUGGGGGAGCUCAAGCUCUCUCCGAGUGGCAGGACCAUGCUGGAAGAUGAGGAUGGGAUGAGCGAGAGGGGGCUCAGCAGCUCCAGGAGGAGAUACGACGAUGAGGAAGAUUACCACUCCAUCUACAUCGGGGUGCCGGUGCCCCAGGGCUACCGGAGGAAACGGCGUCGGCGAAGAUCUGUCUCCAGCCGGGACAGGACAAGCGAGAGCGAGCGGCACUACGAGCGCCAGGAUCGCUCCGACACCGACGACGGCGGCCACGGCUGCUACGAGAGCGGCAACGACAAUGCCAGCAGGACCAUGUCACCGGCUGCUGAACGCCUCCGCUACAUCCUGGGGGAAGAUGAUGAGCCCCCCAACCCCACGCUCUUCACGGAGAUGGACACGCUGCAACACGACGGCGAGGAGAUGGAGUGGAAAGAGUCGGCCAGGUGGAUAAAAUUUGAAGAAAAGGUGGAGGAAAGUGGGGAGAGGUGGAGCAAGCCCCAUGUGUCCACGUUGUCUUUGCACAGCCUGUUUGAGCUACGGACAUGUCUGCAGACGGGGACGGUGCUCCUGGACUUAGAUGGAUACUCUUUGCCCCAAAUUAUAGAUGAUGUAAUUGAGAAGCAGAUCGAAGACGGUCUGCUCAAGCCAGAUCUGCGGGAGAAGAUAAGCUACGUGCUCCUCAGGAAGCACCGUCACCAAACCAAGAAGCCAAUCCACCAGUCCUUGGCCGACAUUGGCAAGUCCGUCUCCAACACAACCCGCAGCCCCGUCCGGAGCCCGGCCGCCGGCGCUGCCUUCCACCGCUCCACCGAGGACCUGCGGAUGCGGCAAAGCGCCAGCUACGGCCGCCUGCGUCACGCACAGAGUCGGAGCAUGAACGACAUCUCGGACACGCCGAGCACCGACCAGCUGAAGAAUAAGUUCAUCAAGAAGAUCCCCAAGGAUGCAGAGGCCUCCAACGUGCUGGUGGGAGAAGUGGAGUUCCUGGAGAAGCCCUUCGUGGCUUUUGUGCGGCUCCUCCAGGCAACGAUGCUGGGAGGGGUGACGGAGGUGCCCGUCCCCACCAGGUUCCUCUUUAUUCUCCUUGGUCCCGCGGGAAAAGCUAAAUCUUACAAUGAGAUCGGCAGAGCCAUCGCGACUCUCAUGGUGGAUGAUCUUUUCAGUGACGUUGCCUACAAAGCCCGAGAUAGAGAAGACCUGAUCGCCGGCAUAGAUGAGUUUCUGGAUGAAGUCAUCGUCCUGCCGCCUGGCGAGUGGGACCCCAAUAUUAGGAUUGAGCCACCCAAAAAAGUGCCCUCAGCUGAGAAGAGGAAAUCAGUUUUCUCGCUGAAUGAAGUGGGGCAGAUGAACGGCAUGGCUGGUGGGGCGGGCGCCGGGGGCGGUGGAGGAGGCAGCGACGAUGAGGAGAUGCCCGAAGCUCACGAAAUUGGGGAAGAGCUCGCUUGGACUGGCAGAUUUUGCGGUGGCCUCUAUUUGGAUAUCAAGAGGAAGCUGCCCUGGUUCCCGAGUGACUUCUAUGAAGGCUUUCAUAUCCAGUCCAUCUCUGCCAUCUUGUUCAUCUACCUGGGCUGCAUCACCAACGCCAUUACGUUUGGAGGCUUGCUUGGGGAUGCUACGGACAACUACCAGGGCGUCAUGGAGAGCUUCCUUGGCACAGCAAUGGCAGGCUCCAUGUUUUGCCUCUUUGCUGGGCAGCCGCUCAUCAUCCUGAGCAGCACCGGCCCCAUCCUCAUCUUCGAGAAGCUGCUCUUCGACUUCAGCAAAGGCAAUGGCAUCGACUACAUGGAGUUUCGCCUCUGGAUCGGCUUGCACUCUGCCCUACAGUGCCUUAUCCUGGUGGCCACCGACGCCAGCUUCAUUAUAAAGUACAUCACUCGCUUCACAGAGGAAGGCUUCUCCACCCUCAUCAGCUUCAUCUUCAUCUACGAUGCCAUCAAGAAGAUGAUUGGAGCCUUUAAGUACUAUCCCAUCAAUUCAGACUUCAAGCCGGACUAUGUGACCAUGUACAAGUGCGAGUGCAUUGCUCCUGACCCAGCCAACGCGACCUUGUUCAAUGCUUCAGCUCCAGUGACACCAAACACCACUAACUCUUCUCUGUACAAUGCUAUUAACCUAACAGCUCUGGACUGGACUCAGCUGAGUAAGAAGGAAUGUCUCAAAUACGGCGGCAGCCUUGUAGGGAAAUCCUGUAAAUUUGUGCCUGACCUGGCCCUUAUGUCCUUCAUCCUCUUCUUUGGGACCUACUCCACGACCUUGACCCUGAAAAAAUUCAAAUUCAGCCGCUAUUUCCCCACCAAGGUCAGGGCUUUCAUUGCUGAUUUUUCCAAUGUCUUCUCCAUCCUGCUUUUCUGCGGAGUGGACGCCUGUUUCGGACUGGACACCCCUAAGCUCCAUAUCCCCACUAUCAUCAAGCUGCGUAAACUUAUUAGCGAUUUCUCUAUCUUUGUGUCCAUACUAAUGUUUGUGGGGCUGGAUUUGCUUUUUGGACUCAACACCCCAAAGCUCCAAGUGCCUACUGAUUUUAAGCCCACCCGUGUGGACCGAGGGUGGUUUGUGUUUCCCUUCGGGAAGAACCCCUGGUGGGUUUACCUGGCGAGCGCCCUGCCCGCCCUCCUCGUCACCAUCCUCAUCUUCAUGGACCAGCAGAUCACGGCCGUCAUCGUCAACAGGAAGGAACACAAGCUGCGGAAAGCAGCGGGCUACCACCUGGACCUCUUCUGGGUGGGCAUCCUCAUGGCCAUCUGCUCCUUCAUGGGGCUGCCCUGGUACGUGGCAGCCACCGUCAUCUCCAUCGCCCACAUCGACAGCUUGAAGAUGGAGACGGAGACCAGCGCCCCGGGAGAGCAGCCUCAAUUCCUGGGCGUCAGGGAGCAGAGAGUGACGGGCAUCAUUGUCUUUGUGCUGACCGGGAUUUCUGUCUUCCUGGCCCCUAUCCUGAAGUACAUCCCCAUGCCGGUGCUAUACGGUGUCUUUCUGUACAUGGGCGUCGCAUCUCUGAACGGCAUCCAGUUUUGGGACCGCUGCAAGCUCUUCCUCAUGCCGGCCAAGCACCAACCCGACUACGUCUUCCUCCGGCACGUGCCGUUGCGUCGCAUCCACCUCUUCACGCUGGUGCAGAUCAUCUGCCUGUCCAUCCUCUGGAUCCUCAAAUCCACUGUAGCUGCCAUCAUCUUCCCCAUCAUGAUUUUAGCCUUGAUCCUGGUGAGGCGGCUGCUGGAUUUUGUCUUCUCCCAACACGACCUGGCCUGGAUUGACAACAUCAUCCCUGAGAAGAAGAAGAAGGAGGAUGACAAGAAGAAGAAGAAAAAAGGCAACAAAGGAGACAGCAGCAGCGAUGAGGAGGAAAGAGGUCCUCUACCUGGAGCUUCGCGUUCUGAUUCCUCCCUGAACAGUUCAGACCUGGAUCGCAGUAUUACGCUUCAUCUGAAGAUUUCUUGCCCUUCGUCUCCUGCAUUUAACUACUCCCGAAACCCCAUCUGCGCCGUGCCCCAGGUGAAGAUAGAGAUGGAGUCGGACUAUGAGGACACUGACACCGAAAAACCACCUCGGGACAUGGGCAGUGAGACCACGCUAUAGUCCCACGCAGCACUUCCUCUGAAAUAUAUAUAUAUAUAUAGCUAUUUAUAUAUUCAUAUAUAUAUAUAAGGCAAAUUGGGCUUAUUUUUCUAUGUGAGACAAAGGAGACUGUGGCCCCAGGGGUCCGUUGCUCUGGUAGUUUUCAGCGUCACGAGUUAAACGCGUUGUUGAAUUUUCUCCCUUUCUGCCAGGUGAGGGCGUCACCGUUGGUGGCAAAAUGGGGGCUGAAAAGGUGGAAUUGGCGAUUUUGGCCUCUGCUUACCCCUGAGCCGCUGCUGGGCUGGGGCAGUUGAAGGGUGAAGGCUGUGGGGGCAGCCGGGAUGAGUGCAUGGCUGAUGGGGAAGGCGCUGGGGUGAUGUUUUUGAGGGGGAUUUUUGGGGUGGGCAGGAGGUUUGCAUGGCUGAGAAGGGGGUGGGGGGUGCCUCCCUGCUCCCCAACCCCUGAAAUCACAGAGUGGCUCUUGGUGAUUCUUCUUUUGUGAAGGGGAUGGUGCGUUGGGCUUUGUGUGGGCAGGACGCCCGUCCCUUCUUGCGGCGUGGCAGUGCAGAGGGGUCCCAGCUCCGCUCAGCCCAGGCUGGAUGCGUGCGAGGAGGUAAACCAGCUCAGGUUGUUGAAGCUUGAGGGCAACAGCAGCCAGGCUGUGGUGGGAGAGCAGAGCUGGGAGUGGGGGCCUUGGUUUCCACAGGGGAUGGGGAAUGGUUUCUGCAGGCAGCAGGACACGCUUUUGGCUGGGAAAUAAGAGCAGUUGCUGCAGCAAAGCUGUUUGGUUGCCCAUCCCCACGUCCUCACCCACAGCUCUCCCCAGGGGGGGUGAUAAGAGCCCUCUCUUUCCAUCCUCUCUCUCCCUCCAGAGGGGAGCGAGAUGUUCUCAAGCCGUUAUCUCUCUGGAACAGCCUGCCCAGCCCCUGUGCAAGGGGUUUUGCACCCACUUCAGCUCCUCAAUCCUGGUUAUUCGCCCGUGGUUUAACAGCAAGCGGCUGGUAACAGGGAGGGGAGAGCAAGCAUGUCCCCUGCCACGUACCCACCCGUGCUUUCCAGCCUGUAUCCAGCAGCUCCCCGCUUGGUCUCCGCCUGCAUUUCGACUCCACAGAAGUUUCUUCCCACCCGCCGCUGCCUUUGGGUCCUCGGGGAAGGGAAGGGAACAGGUUAGGAGCCAGUGCAGGCACUGAGCUCAGUUUGGCUCUGCCCAGCUCUCACCACCUCCAUUUCCAGCAGCACUGGGGCAGUGACAAGGCUUUUAAAGGGUUUUUUUCCCUCCCAUGGACUAAUCCCAGCUGCAGUUUAAAAACACUUGUCCGAAGCAACCCUCUCAAAGCUGUUUUUUUACUCAUUUUUGCUAGAUGGUCUCUUUAUUUUUUCUCUAUUUCAAACCCCACAGAGCCCCAACCUUUCCCCCCAGGCAGAAACAGCCUACCUGAUAGUUAUAGCAGCCAUACGGGGGUUUCUGGAACACAGUUAAAUAUUGCAGCUGGUCUGGACCUUUGCGUGGGACAGAUCCCAGUUCUCUGUAAAUAGUCAAGUCCAACAGAAAGACUUGAAUGCAGUUUCCUAUGUAUAGCAUUUUUUUUUUCUGGUUCAGGUGCAUGUCCUGGGGAAAUGCAGUGAGGUAAAGAACACAGGAUUACUCCUGUCACCACUUAAGCUUGAUGGUAACAUUAAGAACUAUUUCAGCUUGAACACAUCGUAUCCGUUUUGUAGUGUUUUGUACCAAUCUCCUGUGUGGUAGCUGAAGUGUGGUACAGGCAGGCUUAUGAUUUUAAUCAGAGAUUAAUUUGCUUUAUCCAGUCCAUCAGCUCUGCUCUACCACACCCCUAGAAAGGCUUUGUGGACUGUGGUAGAUGUUUCAUAGAGCAGAGGCGAAGCCACUCUAGCAUCCAGCUAGUUUUGACUAAAUUUGUCCAUUUUGCAAGGGUCAGACGUGGUUUAUACUUUUUGUAUACAAAAACAGUGGAGAGUCUCAGAUUUACCACCUCCAUUACAGUACCACUUUAGCCAUUUUGUAUUUAUCAGUGAUACAACCCAAUAAACCUUAUUUCAAUGAGUCUCA